AUGGAGAAAGAACCAGUAAAAAAUAAAAUAAAAGUGAAGGAUGAGAAGAAAGAUGAAGAAAUAAAAAAAGAACCAGACUUGAAGAAAAAGAUCGAAGAGGAAAAGGCCAAAAAAUUAGCGGAAGAGAAGAAAUUAAAGGAGGAUGAAGAGAAGAAAAAGAAGGAAGACGAAGCCAAGAAAAAGAAGGAUGAGUUAUUGGCGAAGAAAAGAGAGGAGGAAGUAAAGAAGGAAGACUUUAAAGAUCUUCCAUCUCAAAGGGAUUUGGAAAUAAAACAAGCUUCGGAACCCAAAGAAGAUAAACAAAAAGUCAGCUUUGCUCAAGAUGUAAAUCUUGAAGAAAAAAUCUCCGAAGAUGCAACAGAAAAGGAAGAUAAAAGCUCUCGUCUUAAAUUAGCACAAAAAUCCUCAUUUGAACUUCUUGAUGAAAUACAUCCUGAAGGAAAAUCUUUGCCUGAGUUGCUUAAUGAUUUGAAGAAAGUGGAAGACUUCUUGGGUGCUGAAGUGGAAAUUGAUGUAUUUGAGAGGGAACCAAAACACGAAGAGUUUGGAAGGCCUGAAGACAAGAUAAAAGAACCUAAGGAAAUUAUUGAAGAAAAAGAUAUAAUGAAGAUUACAGAAAAAGAUGAAGAAAUAAUCCCAGAAAAAGCUGGAGAAAUUAUUCCAGAAAAUGUUGAAAUAGAAUCUUCUACUGAAGUACCAAUAGAUGAAGCAGGAGGAAGAACAAAAACGGAAGAAAUCAUUGGAAGAUAAA